UCAUUAUUAAUUAUUCACCAUCGUGCCACAGGGUCGUUUCAUUUGAUAACUACUGUCUUAAAUCUUGAUCAGAUCAUGGAUUAGUUGAAACUUAUGACAUCACCUUAUUUUACUAAUUCAACCAAACCUAAAUCCAUUUUGUAUUCUUCUUUCUCUUUUUUUCAGUCCUAAAGAAAGGAAAUAGCAACACUGUUUGAACAAAAAUAACAAUAGCAAAAAACAUGGGCACCCCUUCGUUCCAUGAAUUCAAAAAACAAGCUUCUUUCUUCCUCAAAGAGAAAUUCAAGACUGCUAGAUUAGCUCUCACAGAUGUCACCCCUGCAGAACUGAUGAUAGAAGAGGCAACUAAUGGAAAUCCAUGGGCCCCUAAUACCCUAACCCUUAGAUCAAUUUCAAAGGCUGCUUUUGAGUUAGAUGAUUAUUGGAGGAUUAUAGAGAUUCUACAUAAAAGAUUGGCUAAAUUUGACAAAAAGAAUUGGAGGUCCUCCUACAAUUCCUUGAUUGUGCUUGAGCAUUUGUUGACUCAUGGACCUGAAAGUGUAGCAGAGGAAUUUCAGAGUGACAAAGAUGUUAUCAACCAGCUGAAAAGUUUCCAGUAUAUUGAUGAUAACGGGUUCAAUUGGGGCCUAACUGUGAGAAAGAAAUCAGAAAGAGUAACGAAACUGUUGGAAGAAGGAACUCUUCUUAAGGAAGAGAGAAACAUAUGUAGAAGGUUAUCAAGAGGUAUUCAAGGUUUUGGAAGUUUCAAUCAAAGAUCAACUCCAUCACAAGUCAUUCUACGUGAGAAAUCAUUGCCAACCACAAUUGGUAGAUGUAACUCAGACUCAAACAAGGAUGUGGACACAGUAGAAUAUUUUAAGUCAUUGGAUAGUAAGAAAACUAUGAUAUACCAUGAUGAUAUUGGCAACAAUACUCAACAACUGAUUCAGAAAUCUGAAUCAAGUUCUAAAGAAAACAUGGAACCUAGUAAGGAGGAUUGGAACUUGAAUGGAGAGUCAAAGCCACUUUUGGAUUAUGGAGAAGAGGAUUCUAGGCUUGGAGCCUUUCAAAGAGAAGAUGAUCACCCCUUUAAUUCAACAACAGAAAUGCAUACUACUGCAUCAUUGCUUUCUGCUAGAGAUGGAAUACUACUAGGGUGUUGAAGUAACUUAUGUUUGAAUGAAGACAACAAGUUAUUUUCAAAUAUUGUGUAUUUUUUUUUCUUUUCAGAAGAGUAUUCUAAAGAACAUCUUAUGGUACAUAUAAUCAUGUAUGUGGUUUACCAUUAUGUUUCUGGUAGAACCUCCCUACCAGUUUUGUUUCUGGUAGCCUAUUUAAGAGGAAGAGGUUUUAGCUAGUUCUAGACAAGUUUUGCUUUGAUUUCACUAUUUCAGUAAUUCACGUGUUACAGGACAUAAAGUAUCUAAGCGUGUAUUUGGUUGAGCAAUGAGAUUGAUCAGAAUUCGCAUAUUGAAUGAUAUAUGGUUUGAAAA